UUCUGAGACUCCGAGAGCGAACAGGCUGCUCGGAAAACAGGACGGGGUCAUGGCAGCACCGGGCGGCAGGUCGGAGCCGCCGCAGCUCCCCGAGUACAGCUGCAGCUAUGUGGUGUCGCGGCCGGUCUACAGCGAGCUCGCUUUCCAGCAACAGCACGAGCGGCGCCUGCAGGAGCGCAAGACGCUGCGGGAGAGCCUGGCCAAGUGCUGCAGUUGUUCAAGAAAGAGAGCCUUUGGUGUGCUAAAGACUCUCCUGCCCAUCUUGGAGUGGCUCCCCAAAUACCGAGUCAAGGAAUGGCUGCUUAGUGACAUCAUUUCGGGAGUUAGUACUGGGCUAGUGGCCACACUGCAAGGGAUGGCAUAUGCCCUACUAGCUGCAGUUCCUGUUGGAUAUGGUCUCUACUCUGCUUUUUUCCCUAUCCUGACAUACUUUAUCUUUGGAACAUCAAGACAUAUCUCAGUUGGACCUUUUCCAGUGGUGAGUUUAAUGGUGGGAUCUGUUGUUCUGAGCAUGGCCCCCGACGAACACUUUCUCGUAUCCAGCAGCAAUGGAACUGUAUUAAAUACUACCAUGAUAGACACUGCAGCUAGAGAUACAGCUAGAGUCCUGAUUGCCAGUGCCCUGACUCUGCUGGUUGGAAUCAUACAGUUGAUAUUUGGCGGCUUGCAGAUUGGAUUCAUAGUGAGGUACUUGGCAGAUCCUUUGGUUGGUGGCUUCACAACAGCUGCUGCCUUCCAAGUGCUGGUCUCACAGCUAAAGAUUGUCCUCAAUGUUUCAACCAAAAACUAUAAUGGAGUUCUCUCUAUUAUCUAUACACUGGUUGAGAUUUUUCAAAAUAUUGGUGAUACCAAUCUUGCUGAUUUCACUGCUGGAUUACUCACCAUUGUCGUCUGUAUGGUGGUUAAGGAAUUAAAUGAUCGGUUUAGACACAAAAUCCCAGUCCCUAUUCCUAUAGAAGUAAUUGUGACGAUAAUUGCUACUGCCAUUUCAUAUGGAGCCAACCUGGAAAAAAAUUACAAUGCUGGCAUUGUUAAAUCCAUCCCAAGAGGGUUUUUGCCUCCUGAACUUCCACCUGUGAGCUUGUUCUCGGAGAUGCUGGCUGCAUCAUUUUCCAUCGCUGUGGUGGCUUAUGCUAUUGCAGUGUCAGUAGGAAAAGUAUAUGCCACCAAGUAUGAUUACACCAUCGAUGGGAACCAGGAAUUCAUUGCCUUUGGGAUCAGCAACAUCUUCUCAGGAUUCUUCUCUUGUUUUGUGGCCACCACUGCUCUGUCCCGCACGGCCGUCCAGGAGAGCACUGGAGGAAAGACACAGGUUGCUGGCAUCAUCUCUGCUGCGAUUGUGAUGAUCGCCAUUCUUGCCCUGGGGAAGCUUCUGGAACCCUUGCAGAAGUCGGUCUUGGCAGCUGUCGUAAUUGCCAACCUGAAAGGGAUGUUUAUGCAGGUGUGUGACAUUCCUCGUCUGUGGAGGCAGAAUAAGAUUGAUGCUGUUAUCUGGGUGUUUACGUGUAUAGUGUCCAUCAUUCUGGGGCUGGAUCUCGGUUUACUAGCUGGCCUUAUAUUUGGACUAUUGACUGUGGUCCUGAGAGUUCAGUUUCCUUCUUGGAAUGGCCUUGGAAGCAUCCCUAGCACAGAUAUCUACAAAAGUACCAAGAAUUACAAAAACAUUGAAGAACCUCAAGGAGUGAAGAUUCUUAGAUUUUCCAGUCCUAUUUUCUAUGGCAAUGUCGAUAGUUUUAAAAAAUGUAUCAAGUCCACAGUUGGAUUUGAUGCCAUUAGAGUAUAUAACAAGAGGCUGAAAGCACUGAGGAAAAUACAGAAACUAAUAAAAAAUGGACAAUUAAGAGCAACAAAGAAUGGCAUCAUAAGUGAUGCUGGUUCAACAAAUAAUGCUUUUGAGCCUGAUGAAGAUAUUGAAGAUCCAGAGGAACUUGAUAUCCCAACUAAGGAAAUAGAGAUUCAAGUGGAUUGGAACUCUGAGCUUCCAGUCAAAGUGAACGUUCCCAAAGUGCCAAUCCAUAGCCUUGUGCUUGACUGUGGAGCUAUAUCUUUCCUGGACGUUGUUGGAGUGAGGUCACUGCGGGUGAUUGUCAAAGAAUUCCAAAGAAUUGAUGUGAAUGUGUAUUUUGCAUCACUUCAAGAUUAUGUGAUAGAAAAGCUGGAGCAAUGCGGGUUCUUUGACGACAACAUUAGAAAGGACACAUUCUUUUUGACGGUCCAUGAUGCUAUACUCUAUCUACAGAACCAGGUGAAAUCUCAAGAGGGUCAAGAUUCCGUUUUAGAAACGAUCACCCUCAUUCAAGACUGUAAAGAUACCCUUGAAUUAAUAGAAACAGAGCUGACGGAAGAAGAACUUGAUGUCCAGGAUGAGGCUAUGCGUACACUUGCAUCCUGAAAGUGGGCUCAGGAGGUCUCUAUGAGCAAGGAAUACAAGACAAAACUUCCUCACUGCAUUGACUAUUUCUUCAGACUCAAAACACUCAUUAUUUUUUCUAUUAAGCCAUUGAAAGAGAAGUACUAAGACUGUUUCUAGGCUUUAUUUAUAAACACCUUAUCCCUAA